UUCAAGAUACUGAACCUGAACCCAACUUUUAUUUGCAGAUUUCUUCAGCUGGAAUGUCCUUUUGUUGCAUUCUUCUAGCAUUGUCAUUCUUCAUGCAGGAACAUAAUCAUUGGAAGGCCGUGACCCCAAUUUUGGUGUAUGUAGCCGUUAUUGUGUAUUCCAUAGCUUACUCACUGGGCAUUGCAGGAUUACCGUGGGUUAUCAUGUCCGAGAUAUUCCCUGUAAACAUUAAAGGGUCGGCCGGAAGCCUGGUGACAUUUAUCAACUGGUCCUGUUCUUGGAUUGUGACCUACACUUUCAACUUCAUGUUCGAAUGGAGCGCUCCUGGGACAUUUUUGAUAUUCGCAUGCAUUUGCGGUCUCACGGUCUUACUCAUCGCGAAGGUAGUGCCAGAGACCAAGGGGCGAGCAUUAGAAGAACUGCAAGCAUCACUUGCUAAUUUUCUUCAAUGAUUUCGUAUGAGCCAAACACAGGCAGCACUGACAGCAAGACUGACAGAAGGCUUUUUGUUGCAAAGAAUUAAUAAAAUGUGAACGGGGAGGAAAUAAAAAAGAGAGAGAAAAGUUCCAUUGUAGUACAUGUCAUUAAUGUCGGUAAAUUACACCGACCAAAUUGUAUAUUGUAAAUCUCAAUUUUAAUUCUAUUUGAAUAACUGUGUACCAAUAA